UCCGAGGCGCACAUCCAGUGCGUCAUCUCCUACCACCAUGAGGUGCUUGGCCAGAAGGUGACAAAGAAACAGGCUAGGGAGAUGAUCAUGUUGCCCGACACUGAUAUCACCAGAGAGCAGUACAUGCAGUUUCCUGCUGAUUGGUGCUAAUCACACACCGACUGUUGGGCUCAGAUUGUGGACUCGUGGCAGAGGCCGGAGGCGUACGUGGAGCGCAGAAGAAGACGGGAGAACCGCCUGGCUGCGACGAGAGGGGCGUCACACCACCAGGGGAGCGUGGCCCUCCCAGGGUACAUGGACACAUAUCGCAAGACCCACGGCAACGUGCCCAUCAGCGAGUAUGUUGGGUACGCCCUGGCUAACAAGUGGCGAGCGUCGGAUCCGAACAACGUCUACAACCCACAGGACGGGCCCGAUGCAUACACCAACACUGCCGCCUACGAGAAGAUGUCCGCGUACGCCACUGCAGCUCGCACGCGCCAUGGGGAUGACUUCGACCUUACCACCGAGCCACUGGACACGGACUUGCUCAUGAGGACGGGAGGAGGGAAGCAGCACGGCCGGUACAUGAUUGCCCACAGCGCAAUCAACCCGGCCACCGUACCCACGCUCCGCGAGGUUCGGCAGGGGAGCAGCUCGACCUCCGACGUCCCCAUACGGCCUCGUCAGCCGAGCUCCGUGCAGCAGAUAGCUGCGAUGCAGUCGCAGCUAGAGGAGUUGCAGGCCAGGCAGGACGAGCUGCAGGAGGCUCAUCGGCGAGAGCUGGCGGCCGAGCUGGCGGCCAGAGACGAGGCCCAUCGGCGCCACAUGGAGGCACAGCAGCAGCACACGCAGCGUCAAAUCUCGGACCUAGUCGGAUACUUCCAGUCCAUCCAGAGCUCUACAGCGCCUCCGCUGCCUGCCUCGCUCUUCGCUCCACCCCCUAUUCCACCCCCUGUUCCUGCCCCUGUAGGCAGUCCGCAUCAGUCGUGGGGUUCGAACCCGACCCCUUCUCCAGGCAGUGGGUGGCAGGUUACUACUUAUGGCCACCCAAGUACGCAGCACACGUGGCCUGGUGCCCAUCCGCAGCACGGCCACCCCGGGUUGUCCGGCAGCCCUCCUCCGCGCCCCGGGUACUCGUACCCGUACCUGUCGGUGCCAGGGCAGGCCAUGUGGGCGCCGUGGGCAGAUUUGUCAUAUCUAUGUGGAUUUGUGAUAUCUGUGGACUUCGAUAUGUUUCAUGUGUGA